AAUAAAAUCGAAAAAUCGACAUUUUAAAAACGAAAUAAGAAAAAAAGAGGUGCAUGUUUGAACAUGCUAAAUGUUUUAUUUGCAUUUAAUUACAACGAGAAAAAAAUAAUUUUAACAGUAAUAAUAAAUUAAUUUAUAAAAAACUUAACCCACCUGUUAAUUAAAACAAACAUUAAGAAAGAAUCUUAAAAAAAAUAACGAAAAAUGUUUUAAUAUUAUAAAAUUUUAUUAUAAACCCUAACGAAAAUCUUUAACGAAAUGCCGAAAAUACAUAUAACAACAUUGUUGCGCCCACGUGCAACAUAUAAAACAACAACACAACAGAAACAACAACAACAACAACAGCCACCAUUAAUAGCAACAAUAAUAACAGCGGGCGCCAAUCAACAAACCCCCAACUCAGAUACAAAUGAAAUAGAAGAACAUCUGUUGGUGGUGAAUAGUGUUGCUGAAACAUCUUCUCUAAAUAAUAUAGAAUUUAUACCAACAUUAGAAUUUGUUGAUACAACAACAACUUGUGUUAAAUACGAUAAUUUGCAACAAUGUUUAGAAACAUGUUUACAAGUUGUUGAGGAAAUACCAACGCAGCAACAGCAUGCUUCAACAAGCACAACUGCAGCAACAUAUUCUGCUCAAACAUUUACAGUUGAAAGAACUACAAGCGAUCAAGAGCAACAACAAGCAGAGCUAUCACUAUCUUCUUCUUUAAUAGAUACCAGUGAUUUGUUACAGCAGGAGGUCCAACAAUUUAGUCUUACAGACACUGCUUCUUUUAUAACGUACUUUGAUGAACCAACAUCCUCCAUAUCACUCGGCAUAAUGGAGACAACUACUACACACUCAAAUAAAUCAUUAAGCGAACAAAGAUCAACAACAGAUCAUAUGCCGGCCUCCACAACGCCAACAACUACAACGAAAAAUACAACAUCUGCAGCCACAACAGCAACCAGUCAAAGUAAUGUGCCACAAAGUUUAGCAAAUCCUAGUUUAAGUGAAACCGCCGAUGAGGAAGAAGAGAUCGAGGAAGAGAUCGAAGAGGCUUUAGAGAUGAGUGAGGAGCAAGAUUAUAGUAAUUCCCUACCGGGUCCUAGUAAGAAACCACAAAUGCAACAAUUAUUUGGCAUAGAAUUGUCGGAAAGUUCCAGUGCGGAAUUGAGAGUUCUAAAGGAACAAAUGAGUAAAAGUAAAAGUUUAAAGAGUGAAACAGAAAGUGAUCAGUUUAAAAUCGAUGAUGAUCAAUUGUCGGGCGGUAAAUUGGCUCAACAUUUUGUAAUAGAUGAUGAAGAGGAUAGUGAUUUUUCUGGUGAUAUAGAAUUGCCCUCGGGAAAACGAUUAGUGCAUUCGAAACAUGAGUCCUCUGAAUUGGAACAUGAGUUAGGCCAGGAGGAAGAAGAACAAGAACAAAGUUUAGCUAAUCAAUCUACUGCCGAUGAUGUCUCCGAAUUGGAGGAAGAGGCUAAGAUCGAAAGUGAAGUAGAACAUAGAACAACAGAAACCACAGAUCAGGAUUUGCCACCAAGUGCAACCAAAGAAACUUUAAAGACUUCGCUAACACAGGAAAGUUAUAACACAAAUGAAACUUCAAAAGCAGGAGCUUUGGCUAAGACAGAUAAUUCCAAAGAGUUGUCCACUUCCAAAGUAUUGUCCAAUUCCAAAGAAUUAAACAAUUCCAAGGAAACUUCUCCAAACAAAGACGAAACUAAAGCUGAAAAAGCCAAGAGUCCAGACGAGGAAAAACUUCACACUUUGAAAACUUUAAGACCGGAAUUUUUUGAAAAUCCCAAUAUAAAACCUUUAUCGGGAGCUUCAUCUUUGCACAGUGAAAAAGAUCAUUCCAUUGAAGAGAUAAUGGCUUCGAAUCAGUCAUUGGAAAUGACUUUCGAUGAAAGAGAUUUAAGUUCUCUAAAUCCCAGUUUUGAUAUCAACAACGAAACCUUGGUUAAUGAACUAUUAGCCGAUACACCAGAUCGUAUGACAACAAAAACAACAACAACUUCUAAGAAAGAAGUAGAAAACGUAUUAAAAGAAUCUAAAGAAUGUUUGGUUGAGUCUUUCUUAAGCUCUACCAAGGUGCCAGAAAGUCAACCGGAUACACAGCAGAUAGAAGAAGAUAAUCCGGAACAUAUACUCAAAGAAAAGGCCAUCAUUGCCUUGGACACUAUGCCAAAAUUAAAGGAAAAUAUCACAGUCUCCAUAAUACCCAAUGAGCAGGUGGUGGAAGAGUUAUUUGAAAAGACUUUACAGUCAGAAAUGAUUACCGAUUUAGAUGAUAGUUUGCCGGAUUUGGAGGAAAAGCCCUCUACUUCCAAACAAGCUGAAAAGGAUUUAAAGAAUAAUUUCAGCAAAUCUUUACCCUUAAAAGAACAUCAAGCCAAAAUUGAGCAGCUACAAGAACCUUGGUCUACUUUACAAAUCAAUACUAAAGAGGAGGAUGAUGAAGAGACAUCGUUACAGUUAAUGAAACUAAGAAUAAUGGCCAUGAAAAUACAACCCAAGGAAAACGCAAUGCAAUUGUCACCCACAGGAGAAGCUUCUGGCCCCAUAGACAAUAGUCAAACUAAAGCUAUGGAAAGGGUAUCUUUGGUAGACUUUGCCAAAGAUGUUUUAGAGGAUAUAACCGAAGAAAGUGAACGUAACUCCUUGUCUACGCAGGAUGAACAAAAUUCUUUAACGCACGAAAAGUCAGGCACUUUGACAUCGAAAAGUGAAAGCAAAACUUUAAAUAAUAAAAAUGAUAAUAGCAAUUCCACUGUCAGUUUAAAUAUGAUACAAAUGUUGGAACAAAAAGUGGGAGAACUGCAGCAAAUGUUGGCCACAAAAGAUGCCUGUCUGGCUUCUUUAAAUCUACAGCUGGAGCAUAGUAAUCGAAGAGAUUCACAAACUAAUAACAAUUCCUCAGAGUUAUUAGGCUCCGGUAGAGAUUCCAGUUCUUUGGUAACCAAUUCUACAGAGUAUCGAACAUUUCAGGAAGAUUUUGGGCAACCGACCAUGGACAUUUAUAUGGAGUUAUCCAAACGUGAUGAGUUAAUAGCUAAACUCAAUGAUUCCCUACAGCAGUCACUCUCUAUACGAGAACAUUUACAAACUGAAACGGAGAAACUUAAUCAUGAAAUCAAUUUACUGCGCAAACAACUCUCAGAAGCCAUGGAAUCUUGUAAAAAAUCCUAUUGGCCAAGAGAUCAAGAAAGUAAUUAUGGACAAAGAAUUUCGGAAAUUUCCAUGGAUUUAGUAAGUGAAUCAGAUGAUGAUUUAGAUCGUCUUUAUCUCACCGACAAUGAUGAGAAAAUGUCACGUAAUUCCCGAGAAAGACAACUAUCCAUGCCUCGGCAGUAUGAUUAUGCCACUAGUGAUGUGGAAAUGCCUUGUGAUUCGACAGCUUUUAGUAAACAAAUCGAACAAUUCCAAAAGUAUUUAACACCCAGUGAAGUGCGUCUCUUUUUUAUGGUACAAAAGAAAUUCGAUGAUUAUUUGUGUCAAGAAUUGGAAAAAUCUAAAAUGAAAUAUGAUCAGGAAUUAAAAAUCAUAAUGGAUCAAUGGGAUACAGAGAAACAGGAAAAGGAUCUUGAAAUUCAAAAGUUAUUACAGCAUAAACAAGAAAGAGAAGCUAAACAUAACCAAGAAAUGGAAGACUUAAGGAAAUAUUUUGAAACCAAAUGUGCCGAACUGGAAAAACAAUAUUCCGAUGAUGUUUUCUCUCAAAAAUCACAACGACAUGGCAUGAGUUCAUCCUCCGCCUCAGAUUGUUCAGAUCAAGAGCAAUUGCCGGAUGAUUUUAAAAUUGUUAUACCCGGCAAAUCCAAAGAAUCCUCGCCGCGCAAACGUUCAAAAGCUGAACUGCUGCUAAGUCCUUCACAUCGUCAAAUGACUCCGGGAAGUGAUAACUAUAAUGAUGAUGUUUUAAACACGAAUCAGGGAACUCAAUUGGCCUUGGAAAUAACCGAAUUAAAGACAUUUUAUCAAAAUAAAAUUCAUGAAAUUCAACGUUCCCAAGAGGAGAAUAUUAAGAAAUUAAGUGAUCGUCUCAAGUAUUAUGAAUCUCGUUAUCCCGAAGAUGAGUUUAUGUCAUCAACUACUAAAAAUUCCACCCUGAAUUCGACCCAUGAGACAACAGCAACAAUCAAUACGGAAGAUUUAACACAAAUAACUGUACGUAGUCUAAAUCAAACUCCCCAACAACAAAGCCUGCCAAAUGAAGGGGCCUCAGCAACACCGUUUCUUAACAACAAUAACAAUUCAUUGAUCAUAAUCGAUCAGGAUGAAUUGAAUGGUAGUAAUGAGGCCCAGGUGAUACAAAAGAUCAUUGAUGAAUAUGAAAGACGUUUGCAAGAACAAUUGGCAUUGGCUAGAGAAGAUAUUGUACAUGAAUUGGAACAGCAGAUACAGACUUUAUUAUCGGAAUCAACAACUGAUGAUCAACAUUGGCCUAAAGAAUUAAUAUUAUUGAGAGAGAAAUUUACAGCAAAAAGUCAAUUGGAAAUUGCACAAUUACAAAUUAAACAUGCUGAUGAGAUGUCUCGCUUAAAGCAAGACUAUGAAAAACAACUAAAUCGCAAGAACAAACGUCAUUCCACGUUUGAUUCUGUACGCGAUUUUGAUAAACUACUUAGUGAACGUGAUAGUUUGCGUGAGUUGUCAAAGGCCUUCAGACAAGUACUAUCUGAAUUGCUAAAAUGUGUAGCGAAUUGUGAAAAUGAUUUAACCGAAAACUUAGCCGAAGAAGUACAACGUCUUCUAUCCUGUAAUCGUACUCUAGAAGAACAUACUCUCGAGGAUUUUACUCUCAAUUCUUCCCUGCUAAAUGAUACGUUAAAUACCAGUAAAUUACGUAUGAUACCAGAUGUACAAAGUCUAUUGGAAGUAGUAGAAGAUCCUAGUUUAGUACAAUAUGUUAAUGAGAAAAAUGCUGAUACUAGUGAAGAUUUUGAUCUUAAAGAUUGUUUAGAACGUUUAAGAUCAGAAGCUUCUUUCCUGUUGCAUUUAUCGGAGGAGGUGGUUAAGAAACAUGACAGUAAAGAGAGAAGAGAAAGUUUCUCUAGUGAACGUGAGAAACAUGAUAGUGAACAAGAGGAUGGUUUGAAAAUGCAACAACAACAACGUAAAUUUAUACGUGUUAAUUCGCUAAAUGAGCAACAAUUACCCACUCACCAAUCUUCUCUGAUACAACAAGCUCAAAAUCUUACUUCUCUGCCACCCGAUCUAAAUAAAUUCUAUUUGGAUAAUAAUUCCUGCAGUACUAACAAUGCUUCUGAAUUAAAUUUCCAAUUGGUGGAAUUAAAAAAUCGUUUGGUUAAAUCUGAAAAUGAUCGUUUACGUUUACAACAAGAAUUGGAUCAUACCAUAUCACGUAACUCCGAUUUGGGUCAAGAGUUGCAGCAUUUAAGAGAUCAGCUGUCACAUUUAAGUUCCUUAAAUAAUGUGGAAUAUAAUGAAGGUUAUGGCUUGGGUUCUAUGAAAUCUCCACAACGUUUAUCCCAUUCCGAACAUUCUUCCUCCAGUUUUGCUUUGUUGCAGGAAAAGGCAAGAAAUAUUCUAUCGACUCCUACACAAAAACAACAGAAUAAUGAUUCUACUGUUCAGCUGCUACAAAUGAUUGAAGAUUUCUGUCGUGAGGGUGACAAAGUCGUGGAAUGCAGUAAAAAAGAUCGUGAGGAUUUGCAAUCUCAGAUAAUAACGGCCGAUAAGCAAUUAAAGGCCACUCGUCAAUUUCUGGAUGAACAGGCCGCCGAACGUGAACAGGAACGUGAUGAAUUUAUGAAGGAAAUCGAAAAUCUAAAAGCACAAUUAAGAGACAAAGAAAAAGAACGCAGCUCCUAUGCUAAUGCCUCUGAGGAGGUUGAGAACUUGGAAACACAAAUCCGUGAUUUGACCCAGAAGCUGCAAGAAUCGUCUACAAAACGUGACAAAUUUGAGGUUGAAUUAAAAGCUUCCAUUGAUAAGAUCUUUGUAUUGCGUGAAAUUAUUUCAGACCUAGAGACCCAGGUGGAGACUAAGGCACUCAAUGAACAUGUCAUGGGUGAAAAGGUUAAGCAAUUGGAGGAAUUCAUCAACACUCAAUCCCGCUCCAAUGAAACCCUCCAAAGUGAAGUACAAAGUCUUAAAACCGAAAUUGAACAAAAUUAUCAGGUGCACAUCAAUCAAUUGGAAGAAAAAUUACAAAAUAUACGUCCCUCAGCCGAACAAAGUAUCAUUAUGGAUCAAGUAGUGGAACAAUUGCGUGACAUUGAAAAUACCUUGGAACAAAAAACUAAAAACCUAGAAUCUAUACAUUCAAAUACAAAUUCUUGCAGUUUAAGUAUAACCGAAGAUGUUUCCGUACAUGGUGCGGGCAAAGCAACACAGUCGCUUUUAACCACAAUAGUAACACCACCACAGGGUUCACCAGUACAUCCCUCACCACGCCAGCAUUCGCUAACCAUGGAGGGUGUUCAGCGUGUGGUGGAUAAAUUGUCUAAACACUCGAGAGUAGAAGAGGCAGCUGUUAAGCGUAUAAGAGAUUUGGAAAUGCAAAUACAACAAAUGAGAACAGCAUGUGUGGAACUUCAGCAUGAGCGUGAAUCGCUACAAGAGCGCAUGUCAGAACAAACACAGCGCAUCUCCGCCUUGCAAUCACGACUCGAAGAGCAACGACAACGUGCCGAAGAACUGCAACGCUCAAACACUUCCGAUCUCAACAUACGCAUACAUGAUCUGCAAAAUGAAUUGCAGAAUCUGCGUGAGACACUGUCCAAUCGUGACAAACAAAUUGCCACUAUGAAACAGCAAUUGGAAAAGAGUAAAAUGGCCAUAGAUCGUUUAGAAGCAGAACUGGCAGUAGAGCAGCAACCUGAUCGUAGUGCUUUAGAGAGAUUGGAAAAUGAACUGAAACAAAAGCAGGCGGAAAAUCAAAAGCUUAAGGAUAAAAUCAAAAAUGAAAUGAUUAAUAAAUUAGCUCUGCCCGAUCUUAUGGAAACUAUGUUGGCGGAUAAAAAUGAAGAGAUCGACCAUUUAAAGGAACAGCUGGAAAGCAAAGAAAAGGAAUUACAAUCGGUAUUGGAUAUAAGUCAAGCUUCUUCAGUGGGCGCAGGCCGAAAGCCUGAAGAGGCUAGCACUAAGCUAAGUGCUAGAACACUCAGUGAUAUAGUUUCUAUAACAGAAUUUGAUGAACCUGAUGUGGUGCGUAGGGCCGCAGCUCAUAAUUUAACUUCUCCUCUGAUGCUGCCAGAAGGUAGUGGAGGAUUUUUGCACAAUACCAUGGAAACUUCUAAAGGAGUAGUAGCGAAUUUGACACACAAACGUACAGAGGAUUUGUCAGGCUUUACUACUUUGCAACAGGUCAAUACCUUUGAUCAUCCUCACUACUUCCAAGAUCCUAAUAUAUUGGGUUCAGCCCAAUCAGGAGCUUCAAUUACGCCAGCUUUAGUGCCAAGACAAAUCAAUUUCUCUGCCAUGACUGAAGAUUCAAAGUUGAAAACUCCUAAUAAUUUACAAACUCCGGAUAAUAAACAAACUCCUCAGGAACGUCUAGAGGAUAAAGAUAAGUUGGAGCAGGAAAUCAAAGAGCUUAAAGAGAAGAUCCAGGAAUUAGAAAAGGAAAAAGAAAAGAGUGCUGAUUAUUUGCUUUCUUCCCAACUAAGAUUGACCAAUCUGCAAGAUGAGCUGGCCAAUAGCCAAAAAGAAUUGUUGAGUCUGCAGGCAGAGAGCAAGAAGAAUAAAGAACUGCAACAGCAACUUAUGGAGAAAUCCUUGGAGAUUGAAGAUCUCUUAAGAGAACAGGAUAAAUUGAAAAAGGAAAAGACGGAACUGCUAAGCAAAAAUGAAAAGAAUUUGAGAAAUUACCAAGAAAGUGAGGAGACACUGGUCAAACGGCUGAGAGAAAUGGAAGAGAAAUUGCUGAAAAAUACCGAAAAUGAAAUGAAGGAAAGAGAGAAUCUAAGAAAGGAACUGUUGGUCAUCAGUGAGUCGCAUGAGCAGUGCAAAUAUGUUCAAAGAGAUAGUGAAGAUCGUAAAAAACAAAUCGAAUUACUGAAUCAAGAAAUUAAAACCAAAGAUGAGAGACUUUUAACUUUAAGUACUAAACUCUCUAUAGCCGAGGAUACCAUUGGUGAACUGCAAAUACAAAUCACUAAUUUGGAAAAAGAUGUGGAGAAAUUGAAACAACAAAACAGUGACAAUAGUUCCAAACAGUUUUCAGUGGAUGAAAUUGCACAACAGGUGGAGAAAGAGUUGAAUUACUCGGCACAAUUAGACUCGAAUAUUUUAAAGGCCAUAGAAAGUGAGGAAGAGAAUAAUCUAGAUCGCUCGCAUCAAGAGAAAACGGUGGUCAAUGAGCAUCCCGGAACAACAGAUGAUGAAAACUUUACGGGAGAACGAGAGUUGCUAAAUCAAUUGGAAGCUUUAAAAGCACAAAUCUCUGUGGAGAGAGAACAUGCUGAAGACAUACGUCAAGAAUUGCUGUUAGAGAAGCAACACUCUCAAGAAGUACAAGAACAAGAUGUGGUGAUCAUAGAGGCCAUGCGUAAACGUUUGGAAUCCGCCUUGGAACAGGAAGAUGAACUGCACAAACAGUUAGAUAUCGAAAGAGAAAGAUGUGAACGUUUGCAAACGCAACUAACAACUCUACAAAGAACCGAUAGUCGUCGAAAUUCUUCACUUUUAAAAUCACCCACAGAAUCGCCACGCAAAUCUCCCAGAUCACUCAAUGACUUUGAGUCUGAACUUGCCGAUCGUCUAAGAAGUGAAAUUAAACUAUUAACUGCCCAAAAUGAAAGAGAACGUGAGAGAUCUGCUGACCUACAACGCAACACCGAAAGAGAACGUUCACGUUAUGAAAAGGAACUAACCGAGAGAAUCGAAUAUUGUGAAAAACUUAAGCGUGAAAUGGAUAAAGUAGCGCGUGACAAAGAUAAUGCUGAAAUGGAAAUUGAACAUCUACAGGAACGUUUAACUCUCCAAACUCAAGAAAUUGAAUCCUUGGAAGCCCGCAUAGCCAGUCUGCAAGAGGCAGAAACACGUCGUUUUACACGCAAGGAAAAACAACACAAAGAAUAUGCCCAAAUGAUGGCCGAAAUACAAGAACUGAAAACUCAACUCUAUUCUCUAGAAGCCGAAAAGGAAGGUCUCAAUAAAACUAUCAAUCAACUGCGUUUCGAUGUGGAAAGAUCCGCCCAAAGAGAAAUCAAAUUAGCCGAGGCUUUGGCUAACGCCAACCAAAAUCUGGCCAUGCGUGAGGGACAAACCACAGUUCCCGAACAAUUUCUACAGAAAAUGAAAGAAAUCAAUACUCUGCUGGCAGAAAAUACUCAAGAGAAUAAACAAAUGGCUGAGACAGUACAAUAUUUGGUCGAAGAACGUCGUCAACUGCAAAGAAAAUGCGAAGAGCUGGAAUCUCAAUUGAAUGGCUCGGCCAGUGUAAGCGAGUUAGAGGAGCGCUGUAAUCACUUACUAGGACGUUACUUACGUGUGGAAUCACAUCGCAAGGCUUUGGUUUAUCAAAAACGUUAUUUAAAGAUAUCCCUACAAAAUUACCAGGACAGUGAGCAGAGGGCAUUGGCAGCUUUUAACGGUGGUCAUUUGUUGCAGAAUACAAAACCGAAAAAGAAAUUAAAGACUGUAGCCUUGGCUAUUAUUGCCAUACAACGCAUGAAGUAUAUAGGACGUAUUUGGCAUACUGGUAAACGAAUUGUCUCCAAGUCAGUAUUUACUAUAACACAACAAAAACGUUCCCAACCACCGACCAUAAGUUGUGCAGCUAUAACCUCCACCUCACCCACUCCUCAUCAGAUAAAUGGCCAACAUCAGCAUCAAUAUCAGCAGCAAUUGCAAACGCAACAACAACAACAUCAUCAUCAGUAUCAUCAACAGAAUCUGAAUAGUCCUUUAAAAUUACUUGAUCGUCCCUAUGCUCCCUUAAAAACGCCAACUUUAUUAAAUGGCAAUCGUACACCCAACUCGGCCUCAUCCUCCUCGACCUCAACAGCCACAGCAUUUGAAUGGCCCCGAGUGACUGUUAAUAAAAUGAAUAAGAAAACAUAAUCAUUAUUUUAGUUUGACUAAAAAAAAUGCUCAAAUUGUAAUUGAAGCCAUAUUUAUAUUAAAUUAUCUAAAAAAGUAAUAUUAAGAACUUUUUUCUAAAAAAAAAAAUAUCAAAAUUCUAAAUUUUAGUUUUAUAAACUUAAAGUAAGCAAAACCCAUUUUCUAUGUUAAGCCUUUAUUGUAAGUAAAUUGUUAUAUUUUAAAUCUAUUUGGUUUUUAUGUUUAAUUUUUCUGCAAGCCCAGUAUUUCCAGGUUAAAAUGUAUUUUUGUUUGUAGUGUGUUUAGUUGUAUGUAGUUUUUAUGAAAUCCCCCUCCCCCCAGACCUAAGUCAUAACAUUGUAGUUUUCUGUUUGUAUACUUCUGGCUAAGUUUUGACUUUAUGUAAAUGUAUGUUUAAGUUUUAGUGUUUAAAAUGAUUUUUUUAAUUAAUUAAGUUUCUUUUUUAACAAUUAUUUAUUUAAUGUUUAUUUUGUACUUUUUUUAUCCCAUUUAGUUUUGAUAUUGCAAAACUUUUUAUAAUAAAACACAUCAUAAUACUCCAUAAAAUAAUAAUUUUUAGUUGUUUUUUUCUUUUAAUUUUAAUUAAAAUCAACCAAAACUAAAGUGCCUUUCCGAAAGAUAUUUAAAAUGUAAACAAAAUCAAUUUUCUCCUAAAAUAUUACAAUAAAAACGUUGAAAAUGUGUUA